AUGGCUCUUACUUUUCAAUUCGGAAACGUUGUAAAGAAUUUGCCUAGGGUAUCUUAUGUCAAAGCUUUGGACAUUUGGAUGUUUGGCUGUAUGGGUUUCAUUUUCCUCUCACUAGUUGAGGUUUUUCAUAAUAGCGUUUUCCUAUUAACUUUUUUUAAGCUGGCCGUGGUGGGCUUUUUCGAUAAACUGGAAUCGAGAAGGAGAAGAACCCGUCGAACAAAAGACUACAUGUUAGUACAUUCGGAUAGUGAGCAACAAUGGCUAUCUCGCAUGCCAAGUCGUACAAUGCCGCAAGAAGUGUUAGGCGGUGAUUGCAGAACAACUUCGUCAAUUGGAAUGCGACUAUCUAACGGCUCCAUAACAAGUCCAAGAAUGCAAUGUUCCAAACCAAAAAAAGUCACCAAAAUAGAAGAUGAAGGCAGAAUAAUCAGUGGGGAAUUUAUUGACGAUGUCUCGGCGAAACUGUUCCCAGCAAUGUUUCUCGCUUUCAACCUUUUCUAUUGGUUCUACUACAUAGGUCUUUCAGUAUCAAGGCCAUGA